AUGGGUAAAGUUCACGGAUCUCUUGCCCGUGCCGGCAAGGUCAAGUCUCAGACUCCCAAAGUCGAGCCCCAGGAGAAGCCCAAGGUCCCCAAGGGCCGCGCUCUCAAGCGCCUCAAAUACACCCGACGAUUCGUCAACGUCACCCUGACGGGCGGCAAGCGGAAGAUGAACCCCAACCCCGGCACUUAA